AGCCUGUCACUCAUUCCGCUUCCUGCUUUAGUUUGUUAUUGAUCGCAGUUCCUUCAAAUGUGAGGGGAAAUGUUGACGGUCCGAGCUGAAAAAGUUGGCAAAGAGGGGCUUGAUUCCAGCUUAAACCAGCUGCGGAUUCAGACGCAUCAAAGAUGUCCGGGGAGCAUAGCCGGAAGCGCCGUCCCUUAAAAGCAUUUGUGAUUCCGACCGAGCUGUGGGUCCAGGAUGAGCUGGACGGAAGCGUCUGCCUGCAGCGGGGGUUCAUCUGCCAGGAGCAGGACUCGGGCAGGAACCGAGGGGACCACAUCUGGGUCAAGGUGUUGGAUAAUGGACUCGUGGUAAAACUUGAGAAGAGGCACCUCCAUGAAGUUGCAGCUGACCUCAUUGUUCUACUGGAGCCUGUGAAAGACCUGGAAGUUCGACUAAACCUUCUGAACCAUCCUGAGAACCUGCGACAGCUUGCUUCUCUACCUCUGGAUGCUCCACUUUGGGUCCAGAUCGGCCCACAGGAUGAGCUGGCAGAGGCAGAGCUUAAGUACAAAGGGCCACUGGGCAGAGGGAGUAGCGCUGUGUUCUUUGGGGUUCAGCUGAAGGGUUCAGCGGUGGGCAGAGGAAUAAGCAAUGGCUCCUAUAAGGGUCACCGAUACUUUAGCUGCCCUGAAGCUUCUGCCCUCUUCCUUCCCGUCAAUUACAUCCAGCUUCGUUCUUGGUCCCGCACCAGUGAUUCAGAAGCACCUGUGAAAAGUCGCAACCGAGACGGCCGUCGCAGCUACCACCCCCACCCCGUGAACAUUUUUCGUAGCAGUAACGACCGUCUAAAUCAGCAGCUGCCUCGUCACAAUAGUAGCCGUCAGCAUAAUGCGAAUAGCCCACCUCAGCCACUCGCCAUACUCUCAAGAACCGCAGACUCAACACCCGUCGUAAAUCCCAACCAUGUUCGAAGCCCGGCAUCACCUGUACCAUUCUUCAUUGGCCAGAGGGUGUGUUUCCCCCAUAAGGAUGGUGUCUGUGCAGGAGAGGUGCGCUUCUGUGGCACCCUGGCAAGUCGGUCAUCACCAGGGUCAUACGUCGGAGUCCUUCUGGAUGCUCCUGUUGGCAACUGGGAUGGUCAUUACAAGGGUCAGAAGCUCUGCCACAUUCCUUCUAAUCUGUAUGGACACCUCCUACCAGCCCACGAGGUUUCUCCUGAGGAUAAAUCCUACAAUCAAAUCCCUCUUCAGCAGAUUCCUAAGCUCACUUUGAAACCAGUGCUGCCUCCUGUAACUAAACCAGUCCCCACAUCGCCACCAGCUGCUGCUCCCAAGAUUGCUCUGUUGCCCCCAAACAAACAAAACCCUAACCCUCCUCCCCUACCUCCACCAAAACCCAUUUAUAAAGUCCUACCUAUCGCUCCUGUACCACCCCCGAAACCCCAAAGCCCAUCGACCACGGCCCCCGUACAGCCAGAGCAUACCAAUGGCAUCCACGGCCCCCCCUCCCCUCUGAGAAGUCCAGAAAAUGAUGCGAGCACCAGGGUGAACGGAGAGGCAAGACUGAGGAGUGAUCUGGAGGUGGGCUCACUGGUAGAGGUGAACGACCCGCCGUUGUUCGGGGUCAUCAGGUGGAUCGGUCAGUUAAGUGCUGUUCCAGAGCUGGUGGCUGGGAUUGAGCUGGACCAGGAGCUGUCUGCUGGAACAGAUGGUAGUUACCUUGGUGAGCGUCACUUCCGUUGCCCGCCCAACAAGGGGCUGUUCGUCAAGCUUCGCAACUGCAGACGAGACUCCAGGUUCCCCGCCCCCGAGAAGCCGGUCAAUCAAGUGGAGCGAUGCAACUCCAUAGCUUUUGCGGAGUGGGGCAGUAAACGCGUAGAGGAACACACUCCUCCUAUGGAAGGAGAUGAGGCAAGGCAGCUCUACGUAGGCUCCAAGAGAGGCAUCCAGGGUCACCUCAACUCCUGCUACCUGGACGCAACGCUCUUCAGUCUGUUUUCCUGCUGCAGCUCAGCAGACUGGGUGCUGUUUUGGCCAUUUGGUGAUGAAACAGAAGGAAGCUCCAAACAAGCUCAGGAACUGCUACGCUGUGAAAUCGUCAACCCUCUCAGAAGUAAUGGCUACGUGUGUGCCAGUAAGACCAUGGCUCUGCGACGGCUGCUGGAGGCUGCUAACAGCGACAUGGGCUUCACCAAUGAGGAGAAAGAUCCAGAGGAGUUCCUCAACAAGCUUUUCCAGCUGCUGAAGGUGGAGCCGCUCCUCAAGAUCAGAUCAAUGACUCAGGGCGCUCAGGAGUGUCACCUCUAUCAGCUCUUCCCACCAACCCUGCCCACAUCCCUGUCCUCACCCAUUUCUCCCAUUAAUUCUCCCAUCCCCCUAACGUUGUCGUCAUCCAUGAGGGUCGCCAGCGUUCAGUCGCUGCUCGAGUCGUCCUUCCAUCACUCUGGACUCAAGUUUGUAGAGGCUCCAUCCUGUCUGCUGCUGCUCAUGCCCCGCUUUGGAAAAGACUUCAAAAUGUUUGACGCCAUCUUGCCCACCCUCAGCCUGGACAUCACUGACCUGCUGGACGACGCUCUCAGACAGUGCAGUAUCUGCCAGUCUGUAGCUGAGUGGGAGUGUGUGCAGUGUUACGAAGACUUGGACAUCACUCCGGGACAUCUUAAACAGUACUGUCAGACCUGCAGCACACAGGUUCAUAGUCACAAAAACCGGCUCUCCCACCAUCCGGUGAAGCUCAGUGUUCCUGAGGGACAGUGGUCGGGUUCUCUGCCCUACACUCGCCAGAAAAUGUCCCUCUUUGCUGUGACGUGCAUCGAAACCAGCCACUAUGUGAGCUUCGUCAAGCACGGAUCCCAAGACUCAGACUGGCUGUUUUUUGACAGCAUGGCUGACCGUCAAGGUGGUGAGAAUGGUUUCAACAUCCCACAGGUGAAGGCGUGUCCCGAGGUGGGCCGCUUCCUCAGCCUCUCUGAGGAGGAGCUGAGCCACGUCGAUGCCUCCUCUUUGAAAGAGUCAGUCCGCCGGCUGCUCUGUGACUCCUACAUGUGUCUGUACCAUAGUCCAGAACUCAGUCUAUACAAGUGACUCAGACACACACACAGCAGGCUGAAAACACAUCUGAUCAUCUGUUCUGUCUAAACUUCCGGGGCUCUCAUUAUCCUUAAAGUUAAUCCAGAAAGAAGGAAACUGUCUAAAAAACUUGAGCACUGUGUUUAAUAUGAAGAGAUUGUUGUUUUCAACCCUAACCUGAUAAAUACACAAAACUUGUUCCCGCCUUUUAUUAUAAACAAAACAAACAAAAGUCCUGAAAGGAUUUUCUGACAAAUCUCUCGCAGAAUAUUUAGCAAAAUGAUCCACAACUAGAAAAAAUAUCAACAGAUGUUGCCGUACUUGUGGAAUCAGUUUCCAUGUCUUUAUUUGCAGAUGACAAAAUGUUCUAUUGUGAUAGAUGUUCUUUGCAAAGUGGCCGUUCGUCUUGUUUUUACUCAUUCAUGAGGGUAAAGUAGUCUCAGAGGAUUCUAAUACUUUUACUAGGGAAUUAGUGAGAAUUUACUUUUCAGCAUUGCAUCAAAAAUAUAAAUAUAAAUACUAUAAAUAUAACUUUGGUUUCUUUAUUCAUAAUGAAGCUGAAAACAUUUUGCACUUGACUAAAACAGGACAGUUUUUGGCCAAACUUUCCACACUUGAUGUAUUUUUUUCAGCUUUUAGAGGUUUUCAAACAUCUGAUCACGUCUAAUCAGCCCAGUAUCAUUUUAUUGGUCAUUUCUGACUCAGAGAUCAUGAGCCGUUAAAACUUAAAGAUAUAAUCCAAGCACAGUCUUCUACAGGCAGUUCAGAUGAAAUAUAAAUAUAUGGCAAUAAGCUGAGUUUACACUGUUAUGUAGCUUAUGAACAAAGAGUAGCAGCCUGAGCUUCAUCCAUUCAGAACCACGCUGGUUUAGAUUCUGAGUGGAAACUGCUUUAUAAAUCUGCACACACUGGACAGAAGCACUGUGCCUGAGGUAUGGACUGUUUUGGGUUUACCACUUGGUUUGCACUGCUCAGUAAGUUUGUAUAUAGCAGUAUUGUCUUAAACUGACAGUCAAGAAGAUUGUACACAGAUGUUUAAACUUUUACAAAACUCACCAGGUGUUUUCUAUUUCACUGCUGCAGGAAGAUGUAGAUGAUGUUUCACAUAAUAAAAGCUUCUAAGUGAA